CUUGCCAUAACGAGCCUACAUGCCAAGUUUGUUGUGCCGAAACCGAGCAUCAUCAUCGCCACCACCGAUUCGUAGGUUUUCCCAAGCCGAAGGAGAACGCAACAACUCGAGCGAGAGACAGAAGACAGCGCGAAACAUUGCGAGCGAUAGCAGAAGCUCACAGAACGAACGAAAGAGAGCGAGCGUAGAAGCGUAGAGAUCGACAGAGAACGCGACCAAUAAACCAAGCAGUUGCCCCCUUUCCAUCCCUCCCCCUCCUUCUGCUCCUCCUGUUUAGAGAGAUCAGAGAGAAUUCCUUCCUCGCCGACGCCGCUGAACCGAUCGAAUCGGCCGGGAGUUCGUAGAAAACAUCCUCCUGCCGUAAGGAUUUCUUCUCCGUUCUCUUCUACUUCUGGGGGCAUCAAUCCGAUGUCCGUUAGGGUUUGAGUGCUCCCUAAGUUUUUGCCCCUUUGUUCUCUUGCCCUCGUCCCGAUUUUUCUUUUCAGUCCCUCUGUUCAGAGUCUAGGGUUCGCCGUUCUUGAUCCGGCGCCGUCUUUUGGGCUUUUGGCUGCCUGUAUGGAUGGUUGCCCCUUCUUGAUCAUUAGGGUUCUUCCCUUCUUGUGGUUCGUUUGAAGGGUUUUUUUUUAGGCGAUCCCUGCCUGGAUAUUGGUCAUAGUGGCAUCCCAUGGGUGUUUGAAGCGUAUAUAUCUUGGCCGUCUCGGCAGGACUCGGUGUUGAAGCUUAAGCAUUCGCGUGGAGGGUUUUUGUGCGGUUUACAAUCUCAGGCAGACGCACUAAUUGUCGCUCUUGGUGACGCUUAUUACAAAUUUUGGACCUUUCUGGAGAACUGCAUUGAAGCUUUAGCAUUCGCAUUUCUCUGGAGAGGGCUUUGUCUGUGCUUAAAGUUUCCAGCAGAGUAAAAUCUUGCACUUAGUGAUGCUAAUUUAGCGGGAUAUUUGAAACUUGCAAACAUUGGUUCUCUUGAAAGUACUGGGUUUCAAGUUUAAGCAUUAGUGUUUACCUGUGGAGUUUCUGUGCAGUUUAAAGUUUUUGGUAGAGUAAAUCUUGCUCCUGAGAUGACCGCUAAUUUUGUGCCCAUGGUGACGACUUGAAGCCGAGGGUUUGCCUUUUGGAAAUACUAUGCUGGACUUAUUCUGAUAGCAUAUCUUGUACAGGAAAAUGAUAUUCAUUUGGUUAUAGAUUGGAUCCGAAGGUAUAAGGUUUUAACUGUAUAUAGAUAAUGGUCUGGACUGAAAAUGGACCGAGGUGAGCCGGCAUUGGUUCCACAGUGGUACAAAUUUCCAAACGGGAGCACUUCCAACAAUGCCCUGCAAUCCAACUCUUCCAAACAUUCCGGGCUUGGCUCAAGAGAUAAAUCACUUGGCGAUCAAGACAGGAACUUGCUAAGGAGUUUGAGCUCUAAUGGUUCUGCAAUUUAUGAUAAAGGCAGCUCUGGUAAAUCACAGGCUUACAGUAGUUUCAGAAGGUCUCGAGAUAGAAACCAGGAAAAGGAUUUUGAUUCCCGUGAGAGGGAAAUUAAGUCAGUUUUGGUUGAUAAUGGUUUCGAUCAUCAUGAUUCAUUUCUUGGAGUUGGGGCUGAAAAAGAUGCCUUGAGGCGCUCCCAGUCCAUGAUAGCUGGAAGGCAAGUCAACUCCUGGCCUAAAAAACUUGGAAGUAGUGGAAAUAAUAUUGUUCCUUCUGUGGGAACUGUAAGUGGCAGCAUUAGCAAAACCUCGUUUGAGAAAGACUUUCCAUCUCUUCGAGCUGAAGGGAAGCAUGGUUUUUCAGACACAGGUGAUGUAUCACCUCUUGGCCUUAGAACUGCUGUUCAGAGUCUUCCCGUUGUUUCUUCGGUCAUAUUUGGAACUUCAGCUCUGGCAGAAGUACCGGUAAAAGUUGAAACUAAUGGAAGCAUAAUCUCACCUGUCCUACAAGCUGCUCCCACAUGUCAGGCAUCUGCAGCAGGAAUUACAAUGUCAGGAUUAAACAUGGCAGAAGCAUUGGCUCAGGCACCAUCCCAAGUUGGUAACACUCAGUCAACUGUUGACACUCAGAGGAUUGAGGAACUUGCUCUUAAAAAGUGCAAGCAACUAAUACCCAUGACGCCUUCGAUGCCUAAAGCCUCGAGUUGCAGCUUAUCAGAAAAGACAAGAUCGAAGAUAGCAAGAGGCGGAGAUUUCAGUUCUCUUGCUAAGGUUGGCCAGCAAUCACAUGUGAACCAUACUUUCCGACCAUCAGCUAGAUCUGAUAUUGCAAAGACAGCUCAAGUGGGAAAUUUUCAUGUUCUUAACCGAGAGAAGAAUAGCAUCUCUCAUGUUGCCAAAGAUGGAUCCGGUAUUGGCAAAGUUAUGGACCCCACUGGUCUCACAUCAACUGUUGCAGUUCUUCCUUCGAAGAGACGAACUGACCAAAACUUUAGAGUUGACAGCAAGAAUGGUGCUGUAACUUAUAUCUUGCUUGGCGAAAGAAAACUUCCUUCUCAGUCAAAGAAUAGGAAUGAUUUCUUCAAUUUACUGAGGAAGAAAUCGUUGACCAGUCCACGUGCAAUUCCAGAAGCCAGCUCUACUGAACCGACAUCAAGCUUGGAGAAGGAAGUUGACAACUUGCAAAUCACUUCUGUCAAUGUGAGAAAGAAUAGCCUCCCAUCAGUAUUGGAUUGUUCAACAGAAAAUGGAAAUGUUUUAAAUGGAGAUUCUUGUGCUUCUGAUGAGUCUGAGAAUUUUGAUGCUGACAAUGGAGAAGCCAAUCCAUCUUCCAACACCAUAGUUGACCCAGAAGAAGAAGCGUUCUUGCAAUCUCUUGGAUGGGAUAAAAAUGCUUGGGAGGAAGCUCUGACAGAGGAGGAGAUCGAUGCUUUCCUUAAGAAGUACGAGAAACGAAGACCACUAAAGAUUGUGCCAACAGAUCUGUAUGCGAACAACUUGUCCGGUGAAGAUGCAUGAAGACUGAGCACAUCUUGCUUGAGAUCUGAAAAGUUCUGCUAGUUUUCUGAAGUGAGUUUCUCAUUGAUACUUAGGAGACUAAAAAUUAGUUGUUCGAAAUAUAGGUUGGUGAAAAGAAUCAAUUGGUUUUUCUUUUCUGUCCUUAAGCUGUCAAAAUGAAUUUGAAAGUUCAGAAUAAGAUAUAAUUGCUUCAGUUCA